AUCGAAAACAGCGCCCGUGACGAAUCUGCUUCUUCCAACAUAAAGGUCCGCUGAGGCAAGCAGGAAGAAUCAUACGUCGCUUGGAGCUCGGCGCCAGUCGUCGUGGGAAAGGAAGGCCGAGCCUUGCUGAGAACAUGAACGAUUGGAUGCCCAUCGCCAAGGAGUAUGACCCGCUUAAAGCUGGCAGCAUCGAUGGCACCGAUGAAGAACCACAUGAUCGCGCGGUCUGGAGGGCAAUGUUGGCACGAUAUGCCCCCAACAAAGGCGUCACAGGGGACCCCCUCCUCACCCUGUUUGUGGCCAGACUAAACUUGCAGACCAAGGAGGAGAAGUUAAAGGAAGUAUUUUCCCGCUACGGAGACAUCCGGCGGCUUCGGCUGGUGAGGGACUUGGUCACAGGCUUUUCAAAGGGCUACGCCUUUAUCGAAUACAAAGAGGAGCGUUCUCUGAUCAAAGCCUACCGAGACGCAGACGGCCUGGUUAUUGACCAGCAUGAGAUAUUUGUGGACUAUGAACUGGAAAGGACUCUCAAAGGGUGGAUUCCUCGGCGACUUGGAGGAGGUCUGGGGGGGAAAAAGGAGUCUGGGCAACUGCGAUUUGGGGGGCGGGAUCGACCUUUUCGAAAACCCAUUAAUUUGCCAGUUGUUAAAAACGAGCAGUAUAGAGAGGGAAAGCGGGAAAAGAGGGAGCGAUCUCGAUCCCGAGAAAGGCACUGGGACUCGAGGACGAGGGACCGAGACCACGACCGGGGCCGGGAGAAGAGAUGGCAGGAAAGAGAACCAGCCAGGGUGUGGCCUGAAAGUGACUGGGAGAGAGAGAGGGACUUCAGAGAUGACAGGGUCAAGGGGAGGGAGAAGAGGGACAGAAGUAAGUAGAGGCUCACCACCACCACCUCCUUUCCUCGAGUCCCAGCCUGAGUGAGAGCGCAGAGCCAUCUGCAUGGCUUUUAUACACGGUGUAAGUCCAAUGCUUGAAUAAAACUUGGUGGUGAUAAUGGGGUUUCGAGUAAAUUUUCUUUCUAAUCUGUAACCCAGGUUCAAGCUGAACCUUGUGAGUUUCUCUUCAUCUUAUAGUUCAAUGGACACGUUAUUUAAUAAGCUUGAGAAACAAUGUUGUACUCGCUGGGAUCUGUAUGGAAGGGCAUGUGUAAGGAGCCACCAUUCUCAUUUAAUUCGGCAGUAGAGAAUUUAAGAAUUUGAUUUUCUCCCAUCUUGGAAAUGACCAUUUUGAGGGCUUGGCAAAAAGAGGUGACGACCAAAAAUCAUUUGCGUUGCUCUCAGACUCCUGGGGACCCGAAUCUGGCCAGAAUAAGUUGUAUUUUUUCCAUCUUCAUAAUGCAAGGGUCUGCUGAAUUGAAAUAAAAAUGGGAUAAAAAAGUGAAUCCAAGGAGAAUGUCCAGAGACUCAAUACCAAAGCCGGCCUGAGCAGUGAUCCUCCUCAGUGACCAGCAC